GGCAAGCUGGAGCCUAUUCCAGCCGACUACGGGCGAAAGGCGGGGUACACCCUGGACAAGUCGCCAGGUCAUCACAGGGCUGACACAGACAACCAUUCACACUCACAUUCACACCUAUGGUCAAUUUAGAGUCACCAGUUAACCUAACCUGCAUGUCUUUGGACUGUGGGGGAAACCGGAGCACCUGGAGGAAACCCACGCAGACACGGGGAGAACAUGCAAACUCCACACAGAAAGGCCCCCGCCGGCCCCGGGGCUCGAACCCAGGACCUUCUUGCUGUGAAGCGACAGCGCUAACCACUACACCACCGUGCCGCCCAGUGCGUGAUGGCUGCAACGUUACGUCUCCUCUUUUCUGUGUCCAGGCCAGGCUCCUUUGUAGUGAGCCACAGUCUUGUGCGUCCUCUCAGUUUAUCAGCACACAGAGAGGGUUACAAAUAUGUGAAUGCUCAGGAGCUUCCCAAUGAUAUGAAGUCCAUCACAGACCGAGCCGCUCAGACCCUGCUGUGGACAGAGCUGUUCCGAGGUUUGGGAAUGACUUUGAGUUAUCUUUUCCGUGAGCCUGCCACCAUUAACUACCCGUUUGAGAAAGGCCCACUGUCGCCUCGUUUUCGUGGAGAGCACGCCCUGCGCCGGUACCCGUCUGGAGAAGAGCGCUGCAUUGCCUGCAAGCUGUGUGAGGCUAUCUGCCCAGCACAGGCCAUUACAAUCGAAGCUGAACCUCGUGCUGAUGGCAGCAGGCGAACAACACGUUACGACAUCGACAUGACAAAAUGUAUCUACUGUGGGUUCUGCCAGGAAGCCUGUCCUGUGGAUGCAAUUGUAGAGGGGCCAAACUUUGAAUUUUCUACAGAGACUCACGAGGAACUUCUCUAUAACAAAGAAAAGCUACUCAAUAAUGGAGACAAAUGGGAGGCUGAGAUCGCAGCCAAUAUUCAGGCUGAUUAUCUUUACAGAUAGACAGACAGUCUGGGUUCUGGCACACACACACAUUGACUGACUGACUGACUGACUGACUGACUGACUGACUAUCAAUUGAGUUACCCCCUAAAGAGUGAUCAUUGAUAAACUGUUCAGAGGUUAUUCCUGAUUAAGGUUGAGAGGCCCAAAGGAUUUCAGUACAAACACCAUGGUAUUAUUAUUGACUCUCUAAUCAUUAAAGAAGGUGAUGAUACAAUGACGAUUUGAGGAAACGCUAUGCCUAGAAUGUCAUAACAGUCCUAUCAGUCCUGAAAUUUGUUUUAAAAAAAAAAUGGCACUUGCCUACUGUACUAACAUGCAAAACCUCUGAAACACACACACUGUACAGUUUCAUCACAUACUGUCCCAAAAGAAGACCUCAGAGUGGUGCAGCAUGUGAGACGGCCUGAAUGCCAUCAGUUUUGCUUAAAAAUAACUCUUCCUACCCUAAACACAGCUCAGCAGUCGUGGUGUUGCAGAAAGAACAGUUGUUGCUCUGAUGGAAUGACAUACAGAAAGACAGACAGAAUUAUAUUGUGUGUCCAUAAAAUAACUGUACAAAAUACCUGUAUUGAAUAAAUUAAUGUUGGAACAAAA